AGCCGCAACGGACCCAACUCCUAUGGACAAGAUGGUAGACGAAGAGGCUGGGGAAAAGGAAGACUGAGUAAGGCUCUAGUUGUGGCCCAUCAAUUUUCUCUGAUCUCAUAUGUGGUUAAAAGGUUGGGUAAUGUGAAUAUCAAGAGAUUUGCGGGGACCCUGAGUCCCCAAUGCCGACAAAAAGGAGAUGCCUAUUCUUAGAUGAAGAGUCUUCGAAGAAAGAAAGGAGUCAAAAAUCCAUAAAGAAGGCCACAAGAAGAAAGAGUGUUCAUAGAAUCAAACAAGAAGUUAGACAAAAGUACCAAUUAGUAAUGGCAAAAUGGAUAUGGCUCCAACAAGUGGGGAAAUCGAAUUUCUAAAAAGCUGGUUCUGCUUGAAUAGGAGUAAAGAAGUGGAGGUUAGAGGUCCAGAUGCUGGAGGUUUGUGGUGGCUAUCCUACAACAGCUACCCAAGGAUCAUGAUUUGCUUUUCAUGGAACUGUCAAGGACUAGGGGCGUCCUUGACAGUCAAAACCCUCAAGGAGGAGGUCAAGAAAAAUAAGCCCCAAAUCGUCUUCCUCAUGGAGACAAAACAAAAUCGCAGCUAUCUAGAAAGGAUUAGCAGAAGAUGUGGGUUUGAUGAGUACUGGUAUGUAGAUCCAGUGGGGCGGUCUGGAGGGCUAGCGUUGUGGUGGUGUGAAGGUAUUUUUAUCGACAUCAAGUUGAUAGGCAAAGGAUUUGGAAUCAGAUAAGAAUCAUGGCUGGUUUGGUGAGCUCUACAUGGCUAUACAUAGGAGAUUUUAAUGACCUCCUAUCACAGACUGACAAGCUUAGA